AUGUUGAACGAAAGUCUUACAAACCCAUUGUUCGGAAAAGGCAAGUGCAACAUUGUCAGAGCUGUAAACAUUCUUUUCGAGAAAGGUUUGUUGGAACCAAUUCCAGAUGACAAGCUGACAGAAACUUUUGUACCAAAAGACGAAACAAACUUUUCACUGUUAGCAAGACCAAAAGUUGUUCCAGACAAAGUUCUAGUACAAAAGAAGUACACAAUUCCACAAGGAGUUGGAUUGUUCGGAUACCAACCUGAACCAGAAGAACUUCCAAUGAGGUUGCAAGAACUUCAAGAUGCUAUAAACAAACUUCCAUUGAGACAUCCGAUUGACGUCAAAUUGUAUUGGAGAGCAUCUGAGUUAGGUCAGAAGGUUUUAUAUGAAACAGGUUGCUUCGACGAUGUUUAUGAGAUAACAGGAGAAGUUUCUCAGAAGAUAAGAGACUCACUUGAAUUUCCACGAACUGGACCAAUUGGUUGCAACAAGUUCGACUCAGAUGAAAAGAUAUACUAUGUCGACCUUAACGCUGCAUACAUGAGGUUCGUCCAAUAUAUCCCGACUGGAAUUCCAAACGAAGACGGUGAGUUCCCAGGAAGGAACUAUACAGUUGGAAAAGUCAUACAACAACUCUAUGAUAUUAGGAAAGCUUCAAACCCCAAACUUGCAAUGACAAUCAAAUUGCUUAUGAAUUCGACAUGGGGAUAUUCCAUUAAGAAACCUCAAGAGAUGAAGAGUAAACAUUAUGAGAAGGUCGACAACUUUGUUGAAAGGUUUUCUCCUUUUGUUUUGAAGUACGAAUUCACUCAAGGUCAAAGUGGCUUAGUAACCACAUUAAAACCUAUUGUCGAACAUUGGUCUUACCCUCAGUUCGCAAAGGCA